UAUGGCGACGUUGUUUCAGAAAUAUUUGUAUUGCAGACGAAAUAAUUACAGUUUUCAGGGGUAUAUCCCUCUGGUAAAGGGGAGAAAUGGCUUCUCUGUUAAAAAAUCAAAUUCUUAAACAUCUGUCAAAAUUUACUAAGAAUUUGUCGCCUGAUAAAAUUAAUCUCAGUACAUUGAAAGGUGAAGGAGAACUUUCAAAUCUUGAAUUGGAUGAAAAUGUAUUGACAGAGUUAUUGGAUCUUCCAACAUGGUUAAAUAUAAAGAAAGCGUCAUGUAACAGGGUAUCUAUAAAGAUACAAUGGACGAAAUUAAAGUCACAGCCCAUAUUAUUGUGUUUGGAUGAGGUUAUUGUCGAAACAGAAACAUGUGAAACGCCCCGCCCCCUUUCCAAACCUGGUUCAUCUGAUUCACAAUACAGAUCGGGUGGUAAAUAUGGUUUUACAGAAGUUGUUUUAGAUGGUAUUUUUGUUCGUGUUAAUUCUGUGCUAGUCAAACUGGUUUCUAAAACCUUUCAGGCUGCCGUAGAACUAUCAAGGCUAACAGUAAAAAGUGUAACCCCAACAUGGAAGGAAUCCAACAAUCUUCGUCAGACAAGAAUCAAGGAGGUAGAAAGAGAUGCCGUUUUAUUAUUUAAAGAAAUAGAAUGGCAAAAUACAAGAAUUAAUGCUUCAUCUGUUAAUGUAGGAGUUACAGAUUUCUCCUCACCUUUAAGACUCAUCGCUAAUCAGGCUAAAAUACGAAUAACCACUAAGAAACGGUUGAGUGAUUCAAGUGUGAUUGCUUCCCGACUCACUCUACAUUUAGCUGAUUUACUGUGGGUAUUAACUAAAACACAGUUAAAGGAAGCCAUAUUAUAUGCCAAUUCUUUAACCAAAAUUAUUGAAAAUUCGUCUCAACAAAGUAAACAACGAGCUGCAGAGCAAUUACAGCAACAAUCACACCAUAAUGUUACCACCGACCCAUCUCGAAACCAAAGUCCUUCACAUCAAAAUAAAGUUAUCAAUGAAAUAUUUAACCGUCAUGAUGUAUUGACCACGUCUUAUCAUGUUAAUGUUAACCCUAUCAACUUACAUCUAUGUGAUGAUACUACAAAUGGUACUGUUGGUAGUAAAGAAAGACUGUGGAAUAUAGAAGGUGGAUCUAUGCAAAUUACCAUGUAUAAAUUAACACUUGAUUUCUAUCCAUUUCACCAAGCAGGUGGUGAAAGAAAGAAGUGGUAUGACUAUAAAGAAGUUGGCACUCGUAAUAUUUGGGUACAAAAAUUAUUCAAUGAAUUCAGGACUGAUGCAGUUAAUAUUAGAAAAGCAGGCAUCAGCUCUCCCACGACUCAAAAAGCAGCCAAUAGCAAAGCUUCUAUGCAAACUUCAGGAGUCUCGUCUCCAGUUAAAUCUCGAUCCACCAAAUUACUAGAAAGUUGCAGUGUGGUGAAAGUAUCGGAUAUAGCUAUUUACAUGGUGUCCACAAGCAGUAGCAAACAAUCAACCAUGCACAAGUUUUUAUCAUCAGACAAGAAACAGUUACAUUUACCAGCAGAUACAUCUACUAUACAUAUGGAACAUACCAGCUAUUUCUUUCCUGAAGAAAUAUCUUAUCCAGUACCUGAUGCCAACAUGUAUAUGAUGAUCAAUCCUAUGAGGCUAACUAUAGAUUAUACGACACUAUUGUGGGCAAAUUAUUUCUUCAUGGAUUUAUCACAAAAUGUUGAUAUGGAUCUGAUGGAAUCGGAAGAACCAACAGAACAUACUGAUAUCAAGAUAGAAGCUGUCAUGCCAAGGAUAAUACUACCAGCAGAAACAAAAGUAGAAGGUCAACCAGAGAGACCAGAAUAUCUUCAGAUUGUAGUGUCUAGACUUUGUGCUACCAAUGUAAGGAUAGAGGAAAAAACAUCUAGAGCAGAUUUACAAAACCUGAUAGACAAAUAUGAGACAGGAAACUUGUUUUACGCGGACUCAUUUCCCAAUGAGAACAAAACAUUUCAAAUCAUUCCGGAACCAUUACGAAAUCAUGCGAGCAACAUUGACAAUCCUUAUAUUAAAAGUUCUGUAAAGAAAAUAUUACAAACUGUGUCUGCAGAAGGAAAUCCAAAGGUCCAGUGUAAUCUACAUUCUAAUACUCUUAAGAAAAAAGCCAACUGUGAUAUUUGGUGUGUGACAAUGGAUUUGGUUUGGUUAGAAUUCCUUGGUGUAAAUAAUUAUAAAUCUAGACCGGUGCCAUUCGUGGAAGGAUUUCCUCUGACACUAUGGUUAAGUGGUAAACCAGCUAAGAAAAAAGUCCCAGACAGUUCACAAGAUAGAGCUAGUCGUUCAUCUGUUCGAAAGUUAAAACAGUAUUACAGUUCCGAAGAAAGUGAGACUGGUACUAACGGUGAUAGGAAUCAACUUGCUGAUAAUCAUGUGAUAGCAGACAUUGGUGCCAAAAUAAACCUACAGAUUAAUCAUUACCAAUAUUUGUUCCUCAUGCGACUUAACGAAUCCAUGACGAGAUUUCAGUCUCAGUUAACCAGUGACCUCUUAUUGUUUAUGGAUGCCGGACCUUCUUCAUUCUGUAUUCCGUUAUUAAUUCCUGCCUUGGAAGUAGCUGUUAUCUGUCCUUUUUUAUCUCACCUUCAAACAUUUCCCGAUGAUUUUGGCAGUCCAGUUCAUACUUUCUGUAAAGAUGCCAAUAUCUAUAGUCCAGAACAUCGUAAAAUUAAAGCUAUGGGACAUAAAAAACAGGCAUCUAAUUCAGCACCCAAUAGAAUAUCUAUAAACACAAAUGAUUCUACUUCAUCUUUAGAAGAUAAUCCUAAUAUCAUGAUAACUAAGUCCAUGAGUGAUUCAACAAUACAUGCCAUGCCCACAGAUACAUGUGAGUUCAAUGCUGAAAUUAUUGCUGUAGCAGAAGACAUUUGUAAGAUAAAUGGAAAUGAUGCAAAUUUUAAUUCAUUACAAAGAAAAUCAUCUUCUACUAAUGCCAUACCAUCAGAAAUUCAUAAUCAGGAACUACACACAACUAGUUCCCUGGGAGGAGAUUCCGGAAUUUUUAUGGAAAGUCGUGGAAACUUCGCCAGAUAUAUGAAACCUAUGAAUUCCAUGUUCAGUAACAUUUCCGACAAAAUUACUGGAAAUAAAUUAACUGGUUCUAAUAAUGAUUUACUAUCAGUGAUAGAUGAUGAUAAUAUGUCUACUUUUACUGACCAAUCAGAUGAAGAUUAUGUUGAUUUAUCGUUGGAAGAAAGCGAAGGUCCAGUAUUUAGUAACGAUAAUCCCUAUGAGACAGCUUCCGUUACGGAUACAUAUAGCGAUGAUUGUUCCAGUGUUUAUGCUGAUAGUAUAACUACCAAAACAAAAGAAAUGGUCUCUGUUGUGGUACUUAAAUUAGAUAAACCAGAAGUGUUACUCUAUGGUAGUGAUGGUAUCGCUAACACAGCUCUUCAAAUAGCUUCCUUAUCAACAAGUUGUCCCGGUAACAUGAGUCUUGAAGAAGUUCAUAGCAAAUUAUCUGGAAAAGGAUUUUUUACUGAUGAAAAGGACAGUAAGAACACAGAACCAUCUCCUGCACAUUUUCCAAUAAAAAUGACGUUGAUUGCUGAAUCUCCUUCACCUCAUAACAGCACUUCAUCAAGUCCUGAACACAAACAUAGUGAACGGAAAACUAAGAAAGAUUGUAUGGUGAUAAAAGCCAGUAAUAUUCCUAUACAGUUAAAGAUGUCUGCUAUAACGUCUCUAACGGAAUUUAUAGAAGAAGAAAAGUUACCUGAAAUCAUUCCAAUGGAUGUUAUUUUAUCCGAUCUCAUGUUAAUUCUAUCUGAAGAUCGUCCAUCUGUAAACAUAGGUUCAUUUACACCACCACCUCAAAAUAUUCACAUAAAUCAACUUCAUAUAGAGAGAGGGUUUGAUGGUAUAUUCAAUAUAAAAGCUCUAUCUGCUGAACCUGUGCUGAAUGGAACAAAUAUAAACAAUGAUUUAUCUGGUGUUAAUCCAUCUAGUGAUUCUCAGUCUGCUCUUCAUUCAUCUUUCUUAUUGAUACAAGCUGAAAAUAUCAACCUUAACCAAAAACUAUCAGAAAUGACUAAACUAAAGAAAGACAAAGAAGUCUUACAAACACAGCUAUCAUUAACAUCUGGUGAGUUGGAAAAAUUACGCAAUGAAAACAUCGCUCUUGUUGAUCGCAUUCAACUCAUCACCAGGGCCAACGAUCCGCAAUCAGAUGGAAAUUUGGAAACACAGAAUUUACAUCUGCAAAGUAAAAUUCUCCAUCUUGAAGAGGAGUUAGAUAUGGCAAAUAAAGAAAAGGAUUCUCUGUUGGACACUAUGAAGUUACUACAAGAUGAACUUUUAUCUUCAGAAAAAAGGUAUCGACAGAGACACACUGAUUAAAAUGAAUGAUUUUAAUCAAAACAAUAUGUAUUCAAUAUUUUUAAAACCAUGUAUAUAAUGUAUGUACAAAUAACAAUGUAUAUCUGUUAAAAGUGCUGAAUGUUAGUAAAAGUGCUGAAAAUAACCAUAUUAAUUAAACUGAAAAUGUUGGGGUGUCUGUAUGGGUUCCUCUAUGAAUCUAAAUAGGGCAAACUUUGACUUAUUGGUUGAAGCUGUUAUCAUUUGGGAGGUUACCAAAGAUAGAUGUAAUUUUUAGCCUUCAAACACAAAGUAUAAAGUUUUGAUAUUUAGUUUAUUUGCAAUAUUCUGGAAGCACUAUCUUAUGGCCAUAUAAAAAAAAAAUAUUUUGGUUCUCAAAAAAUAAAAACAGUCUCAUUGACGUUAAUUACCGCACAUGUAAAUGCGUUACAGGAAGUGACUCCCAGAAAUGUGGUGUAGGAUCAGUUAUCAAGUACGCAGUCCUAAAAAUAUUGACAAUCAUAAAUAAUAAUAAUAAAUUGUCUUAUAUAAGGCUAAAUUAUGUUCACUGGUCAUUUCUAAGCAUUUAAGUUUAACUAUUGUUCUAUUACAAAUAUUUGGUAAACAGAUGUGUUUUAGUGUUGACUUAAAACUUGAAAAUAGAGGUGUCAUGCGGAUCUGCCGAGGAAGCUCAUUCCAUAAUUAUGCACCAUGAACUUGUAAAGAGUAUUUUCCGUACAAUUUAUAAUAGUUUGGAACCGAAGAUUGCAAGUUUCGUCACAAAGGAGGAAUAAUUGAAAAACGCAUAUACUGUGGUGCAGUGUCAGAAAACAUGGCUUUAUAGUAUAGAUGUAUUGUCAGAAUUUUAUAGUCAUUUCUAGCUUCAACAGGCAACCAAUGGAUUUGCACAAGUUUAUUGGUGAUGUGAUCCGAUUUUUAAGAUCGAGUAACUAAACGAGCUUUAUUAUUUUGAGAAACUUAAGAGACGUUUUAAAAAUAUUUUGGAUCUCCUGCUAGCAAUCAAUUUGCAUAAUCCAGUUGAGAUAACACUAGGAAGGACACUUUUUUACGCAAAUGUUGUCCCUCAAAAUAUACUGGAUAUUAAUUGGUUAAUAUUGGUACAUUUCUAUAAUCAACAUGAUGAAAUAGAUGUAGUGCCAUGAAAUGUGAUUAUGCAAAGUCAUUUAGCCCCAGUAGUGAUCCUUUGACAAAAUAAAAACCUCCCUCCCACAUUCGAUUUUUUGUAAGGAUUGUCUGAGAAACAGAAUAUAUUUUUUUGUAUGGCCUAGUGAAUUUCUGUUCUAAAUUCUGACAAAUUAUGGUGACAUUUAAAUUUCUAAUUAUAGCUUUAUUCCAUGAAAAGUUAACUAUUUUUUUAAACCCAUCAAAUAUAAUUAAUACUGUCAAAUAUGCUGAUCCCUUGGUGCAUUAUUGUUACACAUUUAAUAUCAACAUUUUUAUGUAUUUUAUUGUCUUGCUAUAGCAACAAACUUAUGGUCAACCCCAAGGGCCAAGUUUCUGGUUAAGGUUUUUUUAAAACUUCAAUAACUUUAGAGUUUAUAGAACUUUGUGAAACUUGGACAGACUACAAUAUGGUCUAAAAUGUAUGCCUAACAGUAUACUGUAUGUCCAAAUGGUAUACCAAAAUCCAUAAAAUUCUAUUUCGGAGGAUAUUUGGAAUUUCUUAAGUUUAUUAAGAUUUUUAAAAAUUCAGUGACAUCAUCAAAUUUCCAUAGAACCUCACGAAACUGGUACAGAGACAGCAAUAUGGUCCAGUCUGUAUGUGGAUAGUGAGUCCAUAACAAAAUGGAAAGUUCCUGGUUUUAUAAAAGAUUUAGAGGUAUCUUCAAGAAUUCAAUUUUCAACAGUUUAGCCCUAUUGGAAAUUGGCCUAGUAGAGGCAAGACACUAGGUUACUCAGCAAUUAUUGAAACAUUUAAAGAUACAUUAUGGAAGAUAAGAUAAAGAGCUGGCAGUUCUCCCUAUAAUAGUUAAAAACUGGAUAAUGUAAAGGCAAUUUGCUGAAAAUUUCAAAUUGAUUCACUAUGAACCGAGAAUUAAGCGAUUGAAAUUUCGGCCUAGCCUAGAUCAUCAUUACUAAAGUCUGUACUAUAAAAAACAGUCUCGAUCAUCCAUUUCAUGAUUAAAUUAUGAAUGGAAGUCGAGCAGCAAAUGGGGUCAUAAUCCAGUAAAUCCAGAGAGUUGAUUAUGGUCUGGAUAAGUUAAUUAAUGUCUAAUUAAUAAUUUAGAUAACAUUUCAGGCCUAAAGAAAGACCUGCUAUUGGCAGAUUUAGCUCUUGCAUAAUGAAUGUUUAACUGUGAUGUAAACAUUACAAACAUAUAUAAUCAUGACAAACUAUGGUUAAAAAUAGUCAAGCCAUAGAUAAUGGCUUAUCUUACAAUAAGUUACCUUAUUGUAUGAUUUAUUUAUAAACCCACUAAUUUAUACUGACAUUAAAUCAAACUGAGUUUACAUAACUUCGCUACAAUUCCUACAUGGAAACCCCUUUUGUUACCGAUAAUAUAAAUGUAAUUUAUUGUGAUUUGAAUUAUAAACUGAACCAAAACCUGUAAAUUAUAUAUACAUACAGUACAGUAUUUUGUAUAAAAUAAUUAGGGUGAUGCCAAAAGUAGUGAUGCUACCAGAUAGAUUUUUUCUUAUUACAAACCAUAAGGUAUCAAUAAAAUUGUAGUUGAAUAUUGUGUUUAAUUGAUAAUAGUUUAUUUUAUAAUUAGACAUUUUACUGAAACACCAAUUUGUUUUUGUUGCAUAGUUUACUAACUCGGCUAAAAUAUGUAAUAUUUAGUACACUGUAGUAUGAUAUUUUGUCAAGAUUAUUAUGCCAUACAUCUUCAAAAAUGCUGUUUGCUUUCAUUUUCUGUUCAAAUAAAGAUUAAGAUAUUGUUGUAUUUUGUGAUAUAAGAUAUGGUAUUAAUGUUUUAGAUACUUUAUCAGGGUUUUUUUUUUAUUUGUGGUGUUUUUGGAUAGUUAUAAUUUUUGUUUGUUUAUAAUUUACCUUAUUAUUUAGCAAGCUUAUAUGUAUCAUAUUAUAAAAAUAGAUCUCAUUUUCAUUUUUCACUAUGUAAUUCAAAUUAUUUUUUGUUGGAAAUAUGCGAAAGGUAGUUUUGAAAGAAUGUAACUCUCUAGCAUACCUGAUAUUUUAGGGUCCGUGCAUUGAAGUAGCACUCAAUUAAAAAACUGAAUUACUACCUAAAUUUAAAAUUUUAAAGUGGUGUCGCGUCCAUUUUGGGUUGUCUUCAGUUGCUGCCCUCUAAUAUCCCCUGGGUUUAGAAGCCAUCAAGACUGCAUAAAUUUUCUUCAUCUUUCCUUUCUGCUUGGCCCACUUGGUUAUGUUCAAUAUACAUGUAUUUGGAGUCGUGAACACACUGCACAUUUGUUUUUGGUUUGCUUCAGACAGGAAAUACUAUAGGAAAUUAUUAUGAAACUGUUUACAUUGUGUUUAGUCAUAAAGUAAUAGAUAUGAAGCUGAGCAAGCCAAAAGACCAGAUGAUUGUUCUUAAUACAUUUUAAAUAUUAGAACAAAACAAAACCUGUUUAUCUAUUGUUUGUGUAUGUAUCAUUUUAAAUAUAAUGAAAUGAUCAUAGUAUAAGAAAUGUUCAGAUUAUGUUUAUAAAUUGUAUAUAAUUAUUUAUAUAAUAUAUAGGUUGAAGAUAAUAAAAUAAUUGUAAAUAGAAGCAAAUAAUCAUCAAUAAAAAUGGGACAUUAGCCUAAAAGUCCUAAAAAAAAAAAAAUUAUUCUCACAAUAUUGUAUGACAUUAAUUUCUUUUGCAUGUUUAUUAGGUAUGUGGUAAGAAGUCCUUAAAACAGAUCUAUAUAAAUUUAAUUCUUCCAACUUAAACUUAAUAACCUGUAGAUUGGCUAAUGUAUGAAAAAUGACCAUGAAUCAAAGCAUAUUCCUGUCGGAAUAUUGCAAAAAAAAAAACCCAACAAAAACCAACAAUUAAUGAAAUAGCAAUCCUAGUUUUUUGAGGUAAUUUGAUUUUCUACAAUAAGAUUGUCUGCUGAAAUCUGAUUUCUGCACUUCUAUCAAAUCUAAGCUACAGCACACAAAAGGAAUGAAUUCAUACACAAUUUGAGACUUCAAGAUAGCGUCUUGUAUGUACAUGUAUAAUGGCGGAGAAUCUAAUAAUUAAAUUGUUUCUAUCUUUUUUUUUAUACAUUUAUUUUAUUUUUAAUAUUUAUCCUUUUUGUGCCAAUGCCUGUACACAUUUAUAUUGUACAUUUAACCAGUGCUUCAUUGUGAUUAUACAUAUAAAUUAAAUUUAUUGUCCCCCGGCUUUCGAAGAAAGCAGGGGACUAUUAAAAUGGGUUUGUCUGUCUGUCACACUUUUUUGGACACAAUAACUCUCCUUCUAAUUGAGCUAGAAUGUUCACACUUAGCGUAGGUGUUUAUUAGGUGAAUGCCUUGAUGGAGUUGAAGAUGAGAAUUUUCUGCUUAGGAUAAGCAGUUUGAUUGGUUGAUGUUUUUGGACACGAUAACUUUAGUUCUAAUUCAGUAAGAGGGAGGACACUUGGUGUAUAGUUUUAUCACAUCAAUACCUUGACUAAGUUCGAUAAUGAGCAUUUUCUGUUCAGGGUAAGCAAAGCGAUAAGCAAUUUCAUUCGUCAAGACUUUGGAACAUAAUAACUCUCCUAAUUGAGGUAGAAUGUUCAAACUUGGUGUAGGCACCUUGAUGGAGUUCGAUGAUAAACAUUGUCUGCUUACUGUAAGCGGAGAUAAGCAAUCUGAUUGAUUGAUGUUUUGGGCCACGAUAACUUUGGUUAUAAUUGAGUGAGAGUGAUGAAACUCCGAGUAUAGAUUCAUUAUAUCAUUACCCGAAAACGUAACUAAAGUAUGAAAAUUAAAUGGUAGCUAGGGUGGGUUUGUCGUUCAGAUUGAUCAUUACCUUGACUAACAUUUCGAGCUAAAGCCGAGCUAAGCAAUUUCAUUGGUCGAUGCUUUGGGACAAGAUAACUUUGAUUCUAUCUGAUAGAGAGUGAUGAAACUUAGUGUAUAGUUAAUAGUCAGUUUGAUUGCUUGAUACUUUUAAAAAAAAUAAAUGUGCCAUUACCGUAAUUAAUAUGUGUCAUCUAAUUAUUUUGGGAUUUCGGUGGGGGACAUCAGCCUGUUUCAUUUAAGAUUAUCAUUUUACUUUAAAUAUCUGUGAAACCGGUAACUAAUUACUUCUUUUUGGUCAAGUAGGAUAUCAAGUAUGAAUUAGUUACAUACUCUAAUGUGAAACUUAUGUUAUUGUUUAAAGACAAAAGUUUUUUCUUUUACUGUUGUUACAACCAUUCUUUUUAUUCCAGUAACCCCCAAAAAAGGUGGCCUACUUAUUGUGUAGGGUUAUGUACCAUAAUGAAACAUAUUUAUUGUUCUCCCACUUCUAAUCGGGUUAGAAUAUUCAAACUUCCUGUAGUUGUUCAUUAGGUGAAUGCUUUGAUGAGUAUUCUGUUUAAAAUCAAAGUAUUUGAUAGCUAGAUGCUUUAUAAAAUGAAAAACAUAAAUAUUUGUCUUUUAGUUAAUUUUUAGAAUCGGUUAAAUUACAGGUCAUAUGUAGUUCAGUGCAGGGUUCAACUGUUUAUUGUAUUUGAUAACAUGUAUCAUUUUGUACUUAAAGUCUCAUUGCUGAAUUUGAAAUGUUUGACUAUUUAUUUCAGGCCAGAUUUUAGCUCCACUGGUUUGAUAUUUUACUCAACAUCUUAAAAGUUUUAUGAAUGUGCUUAUAACAACUGUUCAUUUUGUGAACCACUUUCCGGCGUGGUUCUCCCUUGUCAGUGAUGCAGGACGGAGGGGCUGACAAGGAAAGCUGUCUAGUCGUUCGGAUGGGACGAAAAACAGAGGUCCCGUGUACACAUUGGCGUGCACGUAAAAGAUCCCUUGGCAGUUGGAAUUCGAUAUAAGAGUAGGCCGUAGUGCCGCUGUCCGGGCAAAAUUUCCCGCAUAGCACACUGUAUGGCAUAUGCCCGUCUUCAUUAGCCCAGGUUAGGAGCAGAACAGUAGGACGUUAAACCCCAUUUCAUUUUUGUGAACCACUAUAGGCAUGUGCAGCCAUAAGAAGAGUGGCUGCUCUGGGUAUCUUAUAUUGGAACCAUGAAAUAAUGAUUUAAUUGGAUUUCAGACCCUACAAUGAAACCAAGUACAUCUCCUUACUGUUCAAAUUUUGAUUCAUAAUAUUACCUCCUUCAAAAGUUAUGGCAAAUUGCAUGUAUUAUGCACACAUGUAGUAUCAGACAAUAUGCAAUCAUCUACACCAUCAUUUGCUUACAACGGCAUUAGGCCAAUAACCAUUUAAUUUUCAAUAUUUCUGUGAACAAUUUUUAUGUUUUACUUAUUUGGGUUGUAGAAUAUUUAUUCAAACUCUCUGGAAUAAAAUGCUCAUAUUUGUG